AUGGGGACGCCCGGCAGCCCGGACGAGGGGACCCCGCCGCCGCCGCCGCCGGCCCCAGAAUGCGACGCGCAGGGCCAGCCCCAAGGGGCCGCCCAGCCCCAGGAGCGCGCGGGGGAGCGCGGCGAGCAGGCGGCCCCUGCCGAGCCUCCCAGCGGCCGGGGGCCCGGGCGGCCGGCGGAGGAGGACGACGAGGUGGGAGAAGGCAGCAGCACCGAGAGCAGCCGCGACGCGGCGGAGGCUCCGCUUCCCCCCCAGGUCCCGGCCCCAACCCCCGCAUCCACCCAGCCUGGGGAGGGGGUGCGGGGCGCUGCGCGGCGGCUCCGAGGACAGCAGCUGGAGGCGCUGACUCGCGUGGCCCUGAUGGAGCAGCGGGUGAAGGAGCUGCAGCGCCAGCGGAAGGAGCUGAGGAUCGAGAUGGAGGUGGAGGUCGCCCUGCUGCGGGGUGAGCUGGCUGGGGAGCGCGUGGCCGCUCGGCGGGAAGAGGAGCAGCUGCGCGAGCUGCUGGGCCAGCAGGUGGACGCCGAGCAGGGCAGCCACGAGCAGCGGGAACAGGAGCAGAGGCGACUGAGUCAGGAGCGGGAUCGAGUGGAAGGUCUCCGCCAGAGACUCCAGGAGGCCCAGGGACAGCUGGAGUCACAGCCAGAGGACCAGCGUGAGCGACUUCUGCAGGGGGUGCAGGAGAUGAGGGAACAGCUGGAUGUGGCCCAGCGUGCCUACGAGGAUCUGGAGUUCCAGCAACUGGAACGGGAGAGCCGGCGGGAAGAGGAGGAUCGGGACAACCCUGGGGCCCGAGCAUUGGAUCCCCAGGUUCAGGAACUUCAGGCCAGCGUGGCACAGCACAGGCGCCGGAUCCAGGUCUUGGAAGAGCAACUGAAGACUCUGGGGGAGCAAAUGGCAGCUGAGAGCCGGGGGCUGAGCCGGAAGAAGGAAGAGGCCAUUCAGGCCUUGACACAGGAACGUAGCCGACUGCUUGAGCUAAACUGCCUUCAGGGAACUCCUGAUGGGGACUUCUCUGAGUCCAACCAGGCCCUCACUAAGCUCCUAUUCACUCAGAAGACAGAUCGCCAGCUGCUGGUGCUCCAGGACCCCACCGCCCACACUGCCACCACCUCCUCCUGCCUCUUCUCGGUUCACAGCUCCCUGCAGGGUGCCAUUGGCCUCCAGAGGACAGGAAGCCUGACCCGGAAGAGGGGAGAGAGGGCAAGCCAGAGGGGGGAGCCCCGCCCUCUCUCGCUCCAUUGUACUGGACCUCUGAAGGCCUCUGCUCUCCCCUCAGCCACAGGGGAUUCUGGGAGACAUCCCCUUUAUCAGCUGCUGAAUUGUGGCCCUGGGAACAGCUGCGGAGUCCUCCACCCAGACAUUGCCCGCAUGGAGCAGCUCCUGCAGCAGGCUGUGGCGGAGAGGGAACGGCUUCUCAAGGCCAGGGAAGGGACCAAAAGAAGCCCGGAAGUUUCCCCAGGCUCUGCUGUCCCUGCCAUCAUGCAGCCCCCCUCACAUCCCCCCCAGGCUCCGCCCCAGCCUCCACCCCGCCCUCCUGGCCCGCGGGUCUUGGAUCUUCGGCAGCAUCUGGAACGAUGGGGCCACAACCCGGACAGCUGCCCGCACCUCCGGGUGUUCGGGGGCUGCUGCCGCGGACCCCUGGUGAAGAUGGGCGGCCGCAUCAAGACCUGGAGGAAGCGAUGGUUCUGCUUCGACCGCCAGGCCCGGCGCCUGGCCUACUACGCUGACAAGGAAGAGACCAAGCUCAAAGGCGUCAUCUACUUCCAGGCCAUAGAAGAAGUCUAUUACGACCACUUACGUUGUGCCUUCAAGAGCCCCAGCCCUCGCCUGACGUUCUGUGUCAAAACCUAUGAACGUCUUUUCUACAUGGUGGCGCCGAGCCCGGAGGCCAUGCGUAUUUGGAUGGACGUCAUAGUGACGGCGGCAGAUGAGAACCACGCCCCCUGAGAGGCCCCACCCCUUGGGGGACGUCCCAGAUAGGCCCCGCCCACUAACGUCAGGCCACGCCCCUUUGGAACGCUCCCGGGAAUUCUGCUCGGCUGGUCCGAGCAGCAGCCUUCUGGGCUGCGGGGGCCUUCCCUGGACGGGAAGCCAGCCCGUGGGGCCCUGCCCGGGGCAGGAAGAAGAUUGUGGGUGCGGAACGGAACUAUUUAUUGGUGCUCCUGUGAUAUCGAAUAAAACGUGGAAGAAAA